GGGAAAAGGCGAUUCCGAGUCAAAGCUUUUGUGGGCGGGAGCUGAGAAGGCGAUUCCAACUCCGUUGUUUGAAAAAGUCUAAAAAGGGUGCAGAAAUUCGGAUUUCUUCCUUCCUUUCUACCUUUAAAACCGAAAUAGGGUUUUCAGAUACCCAUUUGAAGUGAGAGAGAGAGAGAGAGAGAGAGAGAAUGGCGAGAGGUUUGCUGAGAAAUCUCGUUUCCCGUACGCUCUCCAUCUCUGGCAAAUGGCAGCAGCAGCAGAUCCGUCGUCUCAACGUCCACGAGUAUCAGGGAGCUGAUUUGAUGAGCAAAUAUGGCAUUAAUGUUCCAAAGGGUGUCGCUGUUUCUUCCGUCGAAGAGGCGAGGAAGGCUAUCCAAGAUGUUUUCCCUAAGAAGGAGGAGUUGGUGGUCAAAAGCCAAAUUCUUGCGGGUGGACGAGGCUUGGGAACUUUCCAAAGUGGUCUUAAGGGAGGAGUGCAUAUUGUUAAAGUUGAUGAGGUUGAAGCAAUAUCUGGCAAGAUGCUUGGGCAGAUACUUGUUACAAAACAAACUGGACCUCAGGGAAAAGUUGUGAGCAAGGUGUACUUGUGCGAAAAGUUGUCACUUGCGAAUGAAAUGUACUUUGCAAUCACCCUUGACCGUACAAGUGCUGGUCCAAUCAUAAUAGCAUGCAGUAAGGGAGGAACGAGCAUUGAAGACCUCGCAGAGAAGUUCCCUGAUAUGAUUAUUAAGGUGCCAAUUGAUGUUUUCAAAGGAAUUACAGAUGAAGAUGCUGCUAAAGUUGUAGACGGUUUGGCUCCUAAGUUAGCAGAUAGAAAUUCUUCAAUAGAGCAAGUGAAGAAACUUUACAAACUCUUUUGUGAAUGUGACUGCACUCUGUUGGAGAUAAAUCCAAUUGCAGAAACUUCCGAUGGCCAGUUAGUAGCUGCUGAUGCAAAGUUGAACUUUGAUGAUAAUGCUGUUUUUCGCCAGAAAGACAUAUUUACUCUUCGGGAUCCAUCUCAAGAGGACCCUAGAGAGGUUGCUGCUGCUAAAGCAGAUUUGAACUAUAUUGGCUUAGAUGGAGAAAUUGGGUGCAUGGUGAAUGGUGCUGGACUGGCGAUGGCUACGAUGGAUAUAAUUAAGCUGCAUGGGGGUACACCUGCCAAUUUUCUAGAUGUUGGUGGGAAUGCCUCAGAAAGCCAGGUGGUGGAAGCAUUUAAAAUAUUAACAUCAGAUGAGAAGGUGAAAGCAAUCUUGGUCAACAUUUUUGGAGGGAUCAUGAAAUGUGACAUAAUCGCCAGUGGCAUUGUCAACGCUGCCAAACAUGUGCAACUGAAAGUGCCUGUGGUGGUUCGUCUGGAAGGCACCAACGUUGAUGAAGGGAAGAGAAUUCUCAAGGAAAGCGGGAUGGCAUUAAUUGCAGCAGAGGAUCUAGAUGAUGCAGCCAAGAAAGCUGUAAAGGCGCUGGCAAGUUAGGUCUAUGCCACUGUAUUUUCCUUUUACUUGAGCACUCGGAUCCAUGGUCCACUUCAUGUCUUUUCAUGAGUUCGGAAAUCCAUCUCAGGAAGAUUUCCAUUGGAGGUGUGAUUGAGGCAGAGGUUACUAAAUAAGGCUUUUCUAUUGUGUAAGCAAUGAUUUUAAAUUUUCAAGAAAAUGAGCUCAUUGAGUUGGGGCCAUUUAUUUGAUACUGCUUUUCUUCCUGUCACUCUUUGAGAAUUUUUCUUUGAGGAUUUGCAGUAUGUUUUCAUAUUUUAGGCGUCAAUGCUUGAACAUGUGAAAAAUGAAGCCAGGGAAAAUCCACUUGUUUGUUAUA